ACUAGUGUCAACCGUCAAGUCUCUACUUUCGUACUUCGUAGUUUUUCACAUGUAAAGUACCUUAUGCCAGUUCCUAAGGUAUUUAUAUAAAUCUGACAUAUAUAUUGAGUUAUUGGUGACUAAUUAAAUGCUAGAUAGUAUUUUUUUUUGGUUCCUGCUUUUAUAGCAAAUUAUAUUAUUGUUGUGAUUGAAAAGUGAGGUUGGGAAGACUACACUAUGUCUUAUGAUUGGUAUGAAAGCAUUGGGCGACCACAAUUCGUGGUAGCUCCUAUGGUCGAUGCCAGUGAACUAGCUUGGCGGCUUCUAUGUCGCCGACAUGGUGCUACAUUGUGCUAUACUCCAAUGUUUCACAGUAAUGUUUUCACUAAAGAUCCCAAGUAUAGAAAGGAAAACAUGGUGACAUGCGACGAAGAUCGCCCUCUGAUCGUACAGUUCUGUGGAAAUAACCCUGAAAUAAUGGCAGCAGCUGCUAAAAUGGUGGAGGGACAAUGUGAUGCCAUAGAUAUAAAUCUUGGUUGUCCACAAUCAAUUGCUAAACGAGGCAGAUAUGGAUCAUUUUUACAAGAUGAGUGGGAAUUAUUGAAGAAAAUUGUAAAGGCGAUGUCAGAAGCAGUAUCAAUACCUAUUACUUGCAAAGUGAGGAUAUUUGAAAGUAUUGAAAAAUCUGUAGAAUAUGCACUGAUGCUACAAAAUGCAGGAUGCAAGAUGCUGACUGUACAUGGGAGAACAAGAGAGCAAAAAGGACCAUUAACUGGCAUUGCUAGUUGGAAACAUAUAAAAGCAGUUAGGGAAGCCACAUCAAUACCAAUGCUGGCAAAUGGUAACAUUCAAAGUGUGGAGGAUGUUUACCGCUGCUUAGACUACACUAAAGUGGAUGGUGUUAUGAGUGCAGAGGGUGUUCUCACCAAUCCUGCACUAUAUGAAGGCAUCAACCCAGUGUCUUGGGAAAUUGUUGAAGAAUACCUUGAUUUAGUACAACAGUACCCCUGUCCAACCUCAUAUGUAAGAGGACAUUUAUUCAAAAUGUUUCAUAAAAUAUUUACACUUGAAGAAAACAAUGAUGACAGACAAAUAUUAGCAACAGCACAAAAUUUAGAUGACUUUAGAAAAGUUUGUUCAAGUGUUAAAGACAAAUAUUUACCAUAUCAUGAAGGUAAAAUCGUUUAUGAAAAUGACGAAAAUAUAUUAAGAAAAGGUUAUGACCUGUUACUGCCACCUUGGAUAUGCCAGCCAUAUGUAAGAAUGUCACCAGAAGAACAUACUCAAAAAAUGGAAAAGUUGAAUACAAAUGAGUAUAGUGUUGCCGCCAAAAGAACACUUGAGGAAUUUUCUGGGGCUACCAUAUCAAGAAAGAAAAUGAAAAAGCUAAAGAGGAUUAUGAGGAGACCAGGGUAUCAAGACACAAAUCAAAAUAACAGUAGAAAUGGAGAAAUAUGUGUGAAUGAAAAUUGCCCCAAUCCGCUUGGUGGGAAAUGUUUGUACCAGCUGUGCAAGAAAUGUUGCAAAAAUAAAUGCUUUGAAGAGGAUUUAGAUUGUGCUGGCCACAGGAUACUUGUACACACAAGACGUGAAAUGGCUAAAAAGUAUUCGAAUAAUAUUGACAAAACCACUGUAACAGUAACAAAUUAAAUUGUAAAUAAAAGUUCAAUCGGGAUGUCCACGCCCACGUCAUUGAGAAUGGAAGGUGUCAUCUAUGUAAUAUCAACACAAGCAGUACAAG